AUGGAGAUGUCCACCCACCCGCCGCGGUCGGGGGAGGCCGUGGCACCGCCCCCUGCCCUGGGCACUCACAGCGGGGCAGAGGUGGCUGUGUCUGGCACCCUCCCCGAACUGCCGCACCCCACUGUGUUGGAGGCUGAGCUGGGGCAGUGGGGGCUGACGCCAAAGCAGGGUGUCUGUGGGGCUGCCUACUGCCCUGAGCAGCUGAGUGCCAGGAGGAGGGACGUCAUGGCUGCCCGGCUGCAGCGUGACCUCAGGGACCCACGCUGGUGGCCCCCUAUGCUGUCUGCUGUCCUCCCGAGGGCCUGGCUGGCCCGACUGCGGCGGGACACCAAGGACAAGGAGGGCUGCCCCCCGGGGAUGGAGGUCCUCGAGGUGGACGAGAUGCUGGUCUUCUACUCGGAGCGGGAACUGCAGGGCUGUGUGGACGCUGCCCUGCUGGCCGAGCAGCUGGGCCGGGUGGAUGCCAUCCCCUUCACCUACGAGCAGCUCACUGUUUUCAAGCGCAAGCUGGACAAGACCUACCCCCAGAGGUAUCCCGCCAACGUGGUCCAGAGACUGGGCUCCCUGUUCCUGCUGGUCUCACCUGAGGAUAUUGGCAAGUGGGACGUGACGUCCACGGAGACCCUGAAAGCUCUGCUCCAAGUCAGCAGGGGGCAAAAGGCAGAUGCCCAGGCGCCUCAGCAGCUCCUCCCACAGGUGGCUGCCCUGAUAGCCCGUUAUGUGGCUUGUGGGGUCCAGGUCGAUGAGGACACCCUGGCCACCGUGGCCACCCUCAGCCCUGCCUACCUCUGUCUGCUCAGUCCUGAGCAGCUGGAAUUCUUGCAGCCCAACAUCCUUUGGGAAGUUGAGCCCAGAACCCUGGAGGGGUGCCCCCUGCCACAGAUGGAGGUCCUUUACACGAAGGCCCAAGUAGCCUUCCAGAACGGGACUGGGCCCAGCUACCUGGAGAGGAUCCAACCCUACCUGGGGGGGGCCACCACAAAGCACCUGCGAGCCCUCAGCCGGCAGAACAUCAGCAUGGAUGUGGCCGUGUUCAAGGAGCUGUGGACAGAGGCUGUGCUGCCCCUGACGGUGGCUGAAGUGCGCGGGCUGCUGGGGCCGCAUGUGGUUGACCUGAAGGUGGAGGAGCGGAACAGCCCGGUGUGGGACUGGAUUGUCCGGCAGCGGCAGGAAGACCUGGACACGCUGGGCCUGGGGCUCCAGGGCGGCAUUCCCAAUGGCUACCUGGUCGUGGACCUGGGUGCCCAAGAGGCCCUCUUGGGCCCCUGCAUCCCUGGACCUGGAUCUGUGCUGGCCUCACUCCUGUCGCUGCUCCUGGCUUCGGCCUCGAGCUGUGCUGCCCUGUACGCCUCGCCCCGGACCCGCUGGAGCCCCGCCUGCCACGAGCAGGCCGGCAGGGACUUCAAGGGUCCUGUUCCCAAGCCCCCAGCUGAGAUGUGUGUGGGGCCACAAGGGCUGGGUCCUGGCCGAGGGUCUCUGUGCUCCAUCCCUCCCCCCGCCAGCCCAGAGCAGAGGGACACAGGCGGGGAGAGAACUUGA